AAUGAAAUAUUUAGUUCUGCUUUUAAUGGCCACUUCAGUGCUGGGUAAAUUCAAGCAAAACCUACUUGAAGUUGUAAUGGAUAAGGAAGAAAAAAAUUUUAUUGCUUCCCCCCUUUGCAUUGAAAUUGCUAUAAGCAUGCUCUUCAUGGGAGCUAAAGGAAGAACCGCCGAGGAACUUAGGAGCGUUCUGGACCUGCCUGUGGAUAUGAUGGAAGUGGCCAAGAAAUACGAGAAGGUUCUGUCCAAUCUCCAAAAACAUAAUGGAAUUCAUUUUGCAAAUCGCCUGUUCGUCAGUGAUGCAUAUGAAAUAAACGAGGAUUACAACAACUUAAUGAAUAACACCAAGGCAAAGGCAGAGGCUACCGAUCCAUUUCAACGAUUGAAGGAAAGCCGUAGUAUCAGCUUUUUGAUCCAGCGCCCGAUUCACAAGAACAUGCGCACUAUUUUUCGUGGCUAUGAACUACAACCUAAUGAAAGUGCUGUGAUGGUUAGCGCCGCCCAAUUUAGUGGCGCCUGGAAAGCUAGGUUUGAGAAAAAGGGCACCAAGCUAAAAGUGUUCAAUGAAGAUCAUAAUAAGGCAGUUCAUGUCAGGAUGAUGUCCCAAGUGGGUAGGUUUAGGAUGGCUAAGCAAUCUUAUGGACAAAUCAUUGAGCUGCCGUUUGAUAACUCAAGCCUGUCGAUGAUAAUCGGUCUGCCAUUGCAUAACUCUUAUCUAAGCUCUGUAGAAAAGAGACUUAAAACAUUCUCAGAGACCCUAGAAGCAACUGAUGUCCAUGUGGAGCUGCCAAAGUUUAAAGUCGAAUUCCGCACGGAUCUGGUUGAGCCCCUGAAAAAAUUGGGCAUACACCUGCUCUUUAGUAAUAGCUCGGAUCUCAGCGGCCUUUUGACAAACGGCACAGGCGCCAAAAUAAGCAAUGUACUACACAAAUCCUUCAUUGAGAUCGACGAAAGAGGAGCAUCGACAGGAGCAGAGGCAGAAACCGCGGAGACUUUCCCUAAAAAUACAAAAGCAUUGGCGUCCUUUAAGGUCAAUCGCCCAUUUGCCUUCUUGAUUCGCGAUAAGCAUACCGUCUACUUCCGCGGACGUGUCGUUCAACUGCCUAAUGAAAAAACGAAAUAAAAUAAAA